CAGGGUGGAAAGAAAUGGAGCUCCGGAGUUGUUCAGCAGUGGACCGCAUUGCUGCAAACAUAGUACAAAAUAAAGAAAGAAAGAAAUAAAGAGUUUUCUUCCUCUUCCUCCAAACCAAACCUCCACAGUCACUUUAAUCAACAAGGGAAGAAAUCAAGAAUGAACAAAUAAGCGCACAUUGCAAAGCCUCCCAGAAACCUAUGGGCAAGCAAUAGCAAAAUAACACAUUUUUGCUUCUACAGGUUGGUUUUAUCAUGAAUCACGGCAACUCUAUCUCUGUUUCAGCAGCAGCCUCAAGUUGAGUAGGAAUGGGUGCAAAAGUUUGAAGGGGCAAUAAAACUAACCCGUCCAAAUUCUUUCAAGGCUAGUGGGAGAGGGAGCAUAUUUCUUUACAGGACCGAAGCAUUGCAAAUAGUGAAGAGGAAGCGUUCUCAUGUGCGGCAGUUCAGGAUGGCCGGCCUGGUUGAAACGGGAUGAAUGAAUGGAAGCGUCAAGGGAAUGAAUUCCAGGAGAGUCAGAAGCUGAGGCAAAACCUGAUCAUUGCUGCCAUGAGCGUUUUCUUGGUGAUGUCACUCCUGCUUAUUCUGGGCUGCAGUUUCAUUCACUACAAACUGGUGACAAAGGACGACACGGCCGUAAAGGAAGAAGUGAAGUCUGUUGCCAUCAAGACUCACUCACACCGCAUUGAAACGAGGAUUGUCCUGUCUCCUUCCCAGGUCAUGCAAUUAGCUGCUUCCCAACAGCAGAUGAUGCCCGUCUACAAACAUUCUGGUCAUGUGCUGCCACGACCAGGCUCCAAUCAGUCUGGGGUCAGCUUCAAGUACAUCGACUGUGGCAUUGCCCCCUCCGCACCCAGAAGCCACACUCCAGAAAGCUUUCUAUCGACUCUCUCCAAGUCAGGAAGUCCUUACUCUCUGGAUCAGCACAAUUUCUUCGACAUGUUCUCAAGGAGCUCUUCUAGGGAGUCUACAGACAUCUUUGGGUACCGACAUGAAGAUGGAGAAGGAAGCAGUGAUUCUGGAACCACAGUUUAUUGUCCCAUUCACAGCAAUGGGACAGCUGAUCUAGGUUCUUUGAACAAAUAUUAAUCAUGCAGAAGAGUGAUUAUGACAUGAUACUGCUUUGUGUACAUUUUACCAUUUUACUUGUAAUGAAAAAAAUAUUUAAUGGGGGGGAAAAUUUGCAACAUUGAUUAUGUCCAGGCUUUGUCUGACAGGAAAGCCCCACAAAGAGAUGGUUCCAGCAGCAUGUUCUACCUUUCAAUGAAGGCGGUGUCCUUUGGAAGUGACUUUUCUUCGGCCUUUUCCCUAUCAUGCU